AUGGAAAACCAGCUAUGGCAGGACACACUGGGGUGCUGCGAUCAAUACCAAGAAAGCCCCCAGGGUGCCGAGGACAUCUUAUUCCUGCUGCUGGGCCUCAUCAUUCUUGUCAACAUCAGCAUCAACAUGGCAACCUUGAUGUGGCAGGGGCUCCAGAAUGCCUUAGACAAGACGAUCUAUUGGAUGAAUCAGAAAAGUAAGUAUGUCCAGGCUACAGAAUGUCCUCCCAAAGGUCCCCCAGCCAAGGCCCAGGACAUCCACAUCCACUGCAUCCUGGAUCCUGUACAGGUGAAGAUGGCACAACCCACAUGCUCUUCCUCUUCCUCCUACCACUAUCUCCAUAAACGGUGUAGGUGUAGCUGCAGCCGCAGCCACAGGCCCAGGCACAGAUGCUACAGCAACUGCCACCAAUGUGGCCACCACAGCUACCAGCAGAGACCAUGGAACAGACAAUUCUCGCAUGGAUACUCACGCUUUCUAAAACAGCCUCGAAGCCACAAGAUGUCACAGCUGUGGCCGGUGCCCUUUUUUGACAUGAAAGACCGGGAUUCCUUUCUGGAGGAUGACCAGUCCUGUCCUCAUCCCAAGUACCCUCAUGGGGGCUGGGGUGGUUUCUAUAAGCCUAUGGGUCUGGCCUCCAAUAUGGGGCUAUGGGGUCGUCAGGGUGGAAUCCUGGCCAGCCUCCCAUUACCCUCUCUCUACCUGUCACCAGAGCUGCGCCGCUUACCCAAGCGGGUAGAAGCCAAGUCAGAGCUAAGGCUAAAGUCCUUUGGUCCCCAUUAUUCACAGUCCCGGAUUUGGGGUAAUAUGGAAGCUGAGCAGUGGGCCUCAUCACCAUCUCCUCCCCGAAGGCUGCUUCCUAACCCCUCCUGGGUCACUGUGGGGUAUAGCCCUUUCUCUUCAGGGGGCCACAUGCCAUACGAUGCCUGGGAUCAGUGGCAGCGUGUGAAGGGCUCAGAGCCAUCACCUGCUUUUGUAUCCAGGAAUCUCAGGACAGAGGCCCAAUGCUACCGGGAGCACAACUCCCCACAGUCCCACCGACAGAACCUCCCUAGCUAUACUCACAGCCAACCCAAUUACAGCCCACCCCAAUCCGUGGGCUACAGCUCCCCAGAAUCUCAUGAGGUGCGCAGACGUGCAGCUGACUGGACUGAGGUUCUACCCUCUAGGCAUCCUCUGACCACCACUACCUCUCUCAAAGCAUUGGGUGAGGCUUCAUAUCAACAGGCCCCAGCUGCCAGCUCAGGCUUGCUCCCUCACUCCUCCCAGCCCUUGCCUGAAGUCCAGGUUGUUGAUUCCGCCCCACCUCCAACAACCUUUGUUCCACUCAGCCGGAAUCCAGGUGGUAAUGCCAACUACCAGGUGUAUGACAGCCUGGAGCUAAAGCGGCAGGUGCAAGAAAGCAGAGGGCGAGCCAGCUCACUACCACCACCUUCCACCUCAGCCUCCAGGCCCUCUCUGCAUAGAAGCCGGACAGGGAAACUUAACUGA